AUGAAGGGGGGCAGGCAGGUAUCCCGGCAGGGAUGGCAGUGCGCUCCUUUUGCACCAAAUCGUUUCUUGCUCCAGCGAGUGGGUCAGUACCGGGGUCCUGCCCUGGGUGCUCCUCUGAGCCUGCGGUCACGCAGCCCAGUGUCACCGCUGGUCGCUGCCCUGAUGCCAUCUGGGGACAGAGUCAUCAAUCUAGUUGUUGGCGGCUUAACGUCCUUGCUGCUUGUGGUCACACUAAUCAGCGCUUUUGUCUUCCCGCAACUACCUCCAAAACCUGUGAAUGUAUUUUUUGCUUUCUGCAUCUCCUUGUGUUGCAUUUCUGCUGGCAUACUUAUCUACUGGUAUCGACAAGGAGACCUGGAACCUAAAUUUAGGAACCUAAUUUACUAUAUAUUAUUUUCUAUUGUCAUGUUAUGUAUAUGUGCCAACCUGUACUUCCAUGAAGUGGGUAAAUAAUGGACAUUGGGAAUGCCCAGCGAUGAUGCUACUGUGUUGGCCUGCUUUCAGCUCAGCUCUCAGCUCGACUCGAGACAUUUAAGAGAGGACAGUCAGCCUGAGAGGAAAGAAAUGGGUUGUGCAAGGAUAAAUCAGUACAUGAUUUUCAUGUAAAUGUAUAUGUAAUGUCCCUCUUGUUGGGGAGAAUUAUUGCCGUAAGACGUGACAUUCUGCUUUUUUUUGAAGAGCUACUGUUGCACUUAUUGAACAUUCCAGUUGUACUGAUGUUUCAGAAUGGCACAAGCUUUUUCAUUUUGGAAAAAACUGCAUUUUUUUAUUACCGUACAAAUAAACUGCAGCAUUGCAAGGAUCUGUACCGGUAUAAAUAAAUGGCAUCUUAC